AUGCAAAGUCCAUAACCUCAAGUUUCUAAUUAUCUUAGUCCAGACAAAAAGUAAAUAUUAUUAAUUAUAAUUUAUUAGUUUCUAAACUUAGAAAAUAACAACUACAAAAAGUGUUAAAUAAGCAAUAAUGUCAUCAGCCAACUAAUGA